UAUUUUUAUAGCAAGUCAUGCUAGAGUAGCAGUUUCUUAAAUAAUAUAUAACAGGUCCACAUUCGUGUACGAUAUCAUAUUUAUAUUAAAAACAAAAAAUAACAAUUAUGGCAGGGUUUGAACGUUGGGUUGGAAAAGUUGCUGUUAUAACUGGUGCUAGUUCUGGAAUCGGUGCUGACAUUGCCAAGCAGCUAGUGCAAAAGGGACUCAAGGUUGUUGGUUUGGCCAGAAGAAAGGAAAGGGUUGAGGAGCUCAACAAAUCAUUGUCUGGAGCUUCAGGAAAAUUAUACGCCUUGAAGUGUGAUGUUUCCAAAGAAGAAGACAUUAAAAACGCCUUCAAGUGGACCAGUGACAAUGUGGGCCCAGUUCACAUUUUGGUCAACAACGCCGGUUUUCUCAAUAACAACACGUUGAUCGAUGGUGAUGCUGAAAUGUGGAGGCAAACGUUUGAUGUGAAUGUAAUCGGAUUACUCACUGCCACCAGAGAGGCGGUGAACAUCAUGAGAGCCAACAACAUCGAUGGUCACAUUAUAAACUUGAACAGCGUCGCUGGUCACUACGACAUCUAUUUCCCUAAGGUCAACGUGUAUCCCGCCACCAAACACGCCGUCACCAACCUCACAGAAACCUUAAGGAAGGAAUUUAAUGACAACAAGCUGAAAAUUAAAGUCACAAGUGUGAGUCCUGGAGCUGUCAGAACUGAAUUCAUUGAAGCCAGCAAAAUAGAUUUUGGUGAUGUGAUGAAGUACGUUCCCUUCUUAGAACCCGAUGAUGUCACAGAAGCUAUCAUAUAUGCCCUAUCAACUAAACCACAUGUCCAGAUUCACGAGAUCUUGAUCUAUCCAAUGGGUUCACAUUAAAUUAUUUUUUUAUGUAAAUGCAUAGUUUUUUAAGCUUAAUUAUUAAAAUUACUAAUAAAAUGUAUAAAAAAUA